AUGGAUCAGUUUAUGUUUGAUGCACUUGCAAUGUCCCUCCUUUGUUGCACAUGUUGGAAGAGUCUUGAAAGGGACAAAAAUGAUUUGUUUUUUACGCCAAAAAAGCAAAAUGUGAAGUUUCGGCAAAGACUCAACAGCAAAUCAACUGAAGGUUGUUCAGUCGAAAUUUUCGUCAUCAAAGGAAAGAAAAAUCACAUUUGGAACGCCUGAAAAUCUAAUUAAAGAAAUAUUAAAUUCUUUUUAAAAAUCUU